CUGAGCUCGACUUUUUUCUUCCGGUCCGGUUCUCAUUAUUAUCAAUUCCUCUAUAUAAAGCCACACACACCCCCAAGAAUUGAGCAAAUAAAAUAAAAUUUAGAAAAACAAAAAAGGCCGGCCCGGCAACCUUAACAUGUCGUCGCCGUCGUCUUCGUCCGAGGUACUAAGAAUAAAGAAAGACCAAAUUGCGGAGUUCCAGGAAGCCUUCAAUCUCUUCGACAAAGACGGCGAUGGUUGCAUUACGCUAGAGGAGUUGGCAGCGGUGAUCCAAUCAUCGUCGGAUCACCAGAACCCAUCGGAAGAGGAACUGCAGGAGAUGAUCAACGAGGUGGAUGCCGAUGGCAAUGGCACCAUCAAGUUCCCCGAGUUCUUGAACCUCAUGGCGAAGAAAAUCAAGGAAACAGACGCAGAGGAGGAGCUUAAAGAAGCUUUCAAGGUUUUUGAUAAGGACCAAAAUGGUUAUAUCUCUUCCACUGAAUUGAGGAACGUGAUGAUAAAUCUAGGGGAGAAACUGAGUGAGGAAGAUGUUGAAGAAAUGAUACAAGAAGCUGAUCUGGACGGUGAUGGCCAAGUAAACUUUGAUGAAUUUGUGAAGAUGAUGAUGCAUACCUCUUGCUGAAAGACUUCAAUCAAUAUAUCAAUUAAUAAAUAAUUGUGACAUUUUUUAUUUUCCCAUUUAAAUAUUAUCAAAUUUGGUAGUUAAUUAUUUUAAAAUCAAAAUAGAGUUAUUUAUAAAGUUGUUUUUUAUCCGAUUUAAUUUCAAUACAAAUAAAUAAUAUGAAAAAAGAAUAAGUUCAAGAGAAUAAACAUUAAUACCUUAUUCUUUUGUGUUGGAUAAAUUAAUUUUCAAUUUUUUCUUACUUUUUCUAAUUUCUUCAAACAACGAUUUAAAUAAAAUAUUUGCAUAUGAUGAAUGUUAGCCUUGGUUUGCUAAGCCUCAUGUUUUGAUGUUAACAAACAAUAUAAGAGCUUGACGUUUGUUUAAGUGUUUCAGGUACAACAAGAAUCCAUUAAGAUUCGGUACUCAAGAAUGAAGUCGAAACACCAAACUAGCGUAGAAUAUAGGUAGAAACCAAUG